UGUUGAGGUAUUUUGAUGCCCACGGUAUCACAGCAAGAACUGGCUCACACUGUAGUUAUGGAGCUUGAAGAGAUCCGCAAAACUGGGAUGAAAAAUUUCCGCAAUAUACAGGUGGAGGAUUCAAAUUUACUGACCUGGCAGGGACUCAUCGUUCCAGACAAUCCUCCAUAUGACAAGGGAGCUUUUCGGAUUGAAAUCAACUUCCCAGCAGAAUACCCAUUUAAACCCCCCAAGAUAACAUUUAAAACCAAAAUUUAUCAUCCGAAUAUCGAUGAGAAGGGCCAGGUAUGUCUGCCAGUGAUCAGCGCUGAAAACUGGAAACCAGCAACCAAAACUGACCAAGUCAUCCAGUCUCUCAUUGCCCUGGUCAACGACCCCCAACCAGAGCACCCAUUGCGUGCAGACCUAGCCGAAGAAUACUCAAAGGACCGUAAAAAAUUCUGUAAGAAUGCCGAAGAGUUUACAAAGAAAUAUGGCGAGAAGCGACCAGUGGACUAGAAACUUGGGGCUGAGCGCCAGUGGAAAACACCCACACUCUAUCACACACAAAAAUACAAAAAGCGCAACUGAAGAAUUGGAGUCAGUGAGUUCAGAAUCCCCUCCCUCAUCCAGCCACCCCUGAAAAUGCACACGAGACAGGACUCCAAUGGAACUGAGGCUCAGCGGCAGCCAGCAGCAUUGCUGCCUGUACAACAGUCAUCUAGAUAAACUUGUAAAGAGGUGGAUUAAAACGGAACAUGUAAAGUUGGAAAUACAGUUCUGCUCUCUGUGUUAAAAAAAAAAAAAAAAAAAAAAAAAAAAAGCACUGUAACAAAGAAUUCACUACUUAACCAUGAGUAGACACACAAUGUUUCUACAUUGCUUUUUCUUUUCCAAAUAUUCGUAAAGCCCCCUAUCUGUUUUGUUAGGGUUUUCAGUGUAUAGUCACACUUUCCCUUACCUCACGGUCUCCACUUUUUACACUGUCAUUGUUCCUUUAUGUAUGAUUUUAGUCUGAUAUCAGCCCCCUUGCCCUUCAGUGCCAGAGAGACCCGUUGCGCAAAUCCCUAGCACUGAAGGGAUCAUGCCACUUUGGCCCAUUUAAGGGAGGGUAUAGUUGAACAUUCGGCUCUUAGUUUUCCUUUCUUUCAAUGUUGCACUGUGCUUUGUGGGACUCGGUAAGUUCUCCUUCAGUUUGUAACAUAAAAACAAAAUAAAAGGAAAAAAAGCAAACUGUUGGAAAUGAGCCCAUUCUUCUGUAAAUCUGGCGGAUAUUGCGAUUAUGUUUAUUAAAGGGGGAAAAACAAA